AUGACCAAAAGGCCAUUUACGGCCAAGGGGCAUAGAGCUAAAGAGGUAUUAGAGUCGGUGCAUACAGAUGUAUGUGGUCCUAUGAAUAUUAAGGCUAGAGGAGGAUAUGAGUAUUUUAUCACUUUCACAAAUGACUACUCUAGGUAUGGCUAUAUUUACCUUAUGCAUCGCAAGUCUGAGGCUUUUGAUAAAUUCAAAGACUUUCGGGCAGAAAGUGAAAGGCAGACAGGAAAGCUUGAGAAGAUGGGACCAAGAUCAGAUGUUUAUCUUUUUGUGGGCUACCUAAAGGGUACAAAGGGUUAUUCAUUUUAUGAUCCUAAGGAGCAAAAAGUGUUCAUUAGCACGAAUGCUAUUUUUCUCGAGGACGAUUAUAUAAUGAAUCACCAUCCUCGAAGCAAAGUUGUUUUAAAGGAGUUGAUAGAUACACCAAUCAAUCAAGGAGUAGACAUAACGUUUGUGCCUAAUGAGACACCGGAUACCAUAGAUCCAGAACCUCUUACUAUACCGGAACCUCGACGUAGUGGGAGGGUUAUCAGGCCACCUGAUAAGUUAACGCUCUUGGGAGAGUCUUACGAGAUGAUUCCAGAAGUGCAAGAUCCCUCUAGCUAUGAACAAGCUAUGAAUGAUUAUGACUUGGGACUUUGGUAA